AUGUCUAUUAGCAAUACUCCUGUGCCAGAAGCACUGCCUCCAUCGGUCGCCGCUACGCCCAAGCUUCCACUCCGGAAGUCGGAAUCCGGAGGGGCUCUACCACCCACUUCACCCCCAAGCGGGCGAUCGACCUCGCGGGCUCCUCCUGCUCGGAUCCCGUAUCGACCCAGCAGAAGGUCUCACGAUGCCCCUGGUAUAUCCCCAGACUUUGACGUGCCAGUGUCGUCUGCCUCAUUUCGCUCCACCAGGCCAAUGCGAGAGGAGUGGGACGAUGACUACGCCUACCGUGAGUCAGAAUCAGACCGCGAUUACUACCGCGAGGAAUGGCGGCAUCCAGAUGCAUACACUCGACGUCACCCCAGUGUCCGCGGUCGACGUCCUCCGCGCUCGUAUAUGAAUAGGCCAUAUCACCAGGAAGACCUCGACGGAGGGCCCGGCCCGUUUUCCCCUUCCCAGCCCUACUUCGACCACUCUCCCCGCUCCCAGCGCUCGCGGGACAUCGAGAUGGGCUUCGGCCACGCCGGCACCGCCGACUCCGGCCCGAAGGUGGACUGGAAGAACCUCAGCAAGGAGGAGAAGGGCGAAAUCCUGCGAAUACCAUUGACGCAGUGGAUGAACUCCAACUUCAAGAACCACUUCGUCGCGACGAUAGGCGAGUUCAUCGGCACCACGAUGUUCCUGCUUUUUGCCUUCGCCGGCACCGAGGUCGCCAACAUCCAGUCGGACGCCGGCUCGAGUAGCGCCGACUCGAACUCGACCACGGGGGCCGCGACAGGUUUCAAUGUCGCGGUUCUUCUGUACAUCUCGCUCAUCUUCGGCUUCUCGCUUAUGGUAAACGUGUGGAUAUUCUUCCGUAUCAGCGGCGGCCUGUUCAACCCUGCUGUUACCUUUGGUAUGCUGCUAGUCGGGGCCGUCUCCCUUACUAGGGCUCUAUGCCUAUUCGUGGCACAGAUAGCGGGCUCGCUGCUGGCGUCCGUUGUUGUCCGCUUCUUACUGCCGGAAAACUUCAAUGUCCGAACGACACUGACUGGCGGCGCGACGGUUGCACAAGGUGUCAUAUUAGAGGCAAUACUCACUGCAGAAUUGGUGUUUACGAUCUUCAUGUUGGCCAAGGAGAAGCAUCGCGCCACUUUCAUCGCACCCGUGGGAAUCGGCCUGGCCUUGUUCAUUGGCGAGUUGGUCGGCGUGCAAUUCACAGGCGGCUCACUCAAUCCUGCUCGAAGUUUUGGGCCGUGUGUGAUCACUCUGACUUUUGACGAGGAACACUGGAUUUACUGGGUCGGUCCCUUAGUUGGUGCUCUGAUCGCUGUCGCCUUCUAUCGGUUCAUCAAGAUGCUUGAGUAUGAAAUGGCCAACCCGGGUGCAGACGGCGAUCCGCUCAACGAUCCGACCCAGAACCCUGAGAAGAUGGCCGAGCUCAAGAAUAAGAAGGAUAUGCCGAAGGAUAUGCCAUCACUUCAGAACUACCAGUCGGCGGACGGUAGCGUUGUUUAA